CUCCUCAAACACACAACCCCUCUCUCGUUCGUAGCUCUGCUCACCCAGCCACCAAAGAUCCGAGCACUGACGCAGCCUGACUCAACCCAACGCAGCUCAAGAUGGACACCGGUGUCAUUGAAGGUGGUUUAAAUGUCACACUCACCAUCCGACUACUCAUGCACGGAAAGGAGGUGGGAAGCAUCAUUGGGAAGAAAGGCGAGUCCGUGAAGAAGAUGCGUGAGGAGAGCGGUGCUCGCAUUAACAUCUCAGAAGGGAACUGCCCCGAACGGAUCAUCACCCUCGCUGGACCCACCAAUGCCAUCUUCAAAGCUUUUGCGAUGAUCAUUGACAAACUGGAAGAGGACAUCAGCAGCUCCAUGACCAACAGUACAGCUGCCAGCCGGCCCCCAGUCACCCUCCGACUCGUGGUACCCGCCAGCCAGUGCGGUUCCCUCAUUGGGAAAGGAGGCUGCAAGAUCAAAGAGAUACGAGAGAGCACGGGGGCACAGGUCCAGGUGGCAGGAGACAUGCUGCCCAACUCGACCGAGCGAGCCAUCACCAUUGCUGGGAUCCCACAGUCCAUCAUCGAGUGCGUCAAACAGAUCUGCGUCGUCAUGCUUGAGGUAGGGCCUCCCCCCACCAAAGCCCUGCUGGCAUGU